AACCACGGAUUAUGGUGUGCAAUACAUUGGUAAUUGGAGCGGUCCUGGCACGGCGGUGUAAACCAUUCAAACAGGCUUGACGACCUACAAAGAUCAACAUGCAUGUAAAACCGACUCGGCAUUGAUUUCAUUGAAAGUGUUAUCUCGUCCCGGGGCAGCGUACACAGAAAACCACUGUCAACAGCGGCAGACUAAUAAUGAGAUUUUCACGCAGAUACAAUUCAGUAUUUCUAUAAGGGACUCCAUAAAUCUUUGUUCGGAUAAGACGCAGCGAAAUACUCACAACCGUCCGAACACUGGACUGAGUCCACUUAUGUUGGUCAAUAAGGGGAUAUUCGCUGACCAGUGGUUACCUGUAUUGGACCGAUCUUGAUAGUAUGUCUCAAGAUUUCUGAUUCGGUGUGCGACAAGGCGAUCACUGAGAGUGCUCCGCCCUUGACUUUUUAUGCUAGGAUACGGGCGAUAGAGCUACUGACUUCUGCUUAGCAAUCAGUGGACUUGUUUGCAGGUGUUGGAUUGUAUUUAGGUAAAUGUCACUACCUUAAGUGAAGAAUUUAGAGCGCACUCGGACACCUGUUGAAGUGAAGAAAUAAAACACCGAGUGAGGAUUGAUUUGAAGGAAGAUGACGUCUCAAAACGCUGCUGCUGCUGUAUGAAGAUGCCGUGUUGAGAGUACGACAACGAUGGACAGACACCAAGGUAUGCGGCCACACAGGGCGACGUCCCCAGUCUACAUCCCAGAGCGGAAGGUGAAACGCCGUCGCAACGAUCCAGGGACAGAGGAGAUUAUUAAAUUUGUCCGUGAGUUCCAACUGGAAAAACAGCCUACCCUCCUCCGUCUUCAACGUCGCGCACCCCUCCCAGGUAUCGGCGAAGUCGCACCGGCUGUCGGAGACUCUGGUUACGUUGAGAGGACAGAGGUGUCGGACAGUGAUGAUGAUCCCAUGCUGGACAGUGAAAUAGCCGCGAUUGAGGACAAUGCUAAAUCUCUACGUCGGACAGGGUCGUACUUGAAACUGAAAACUGAUUCUCAGUUCAAGAGACGUUUGUCUGUUAAUUCUAGAUCAUAUCAACAUCUUCCGUCCAAAUCUGUCAGUCGAACGAAAUUCGCGACAGAGAGUAUGCAUAGUUCGUUUGGCGGACUUCGACUAGCGCGGCAGAAUACAUUAAUGAAGCAGCUUCCACCAAUCAGAAGACAGGAAAUACCCGAGAGACCUUCCGCCCCAUCGCCUAGUGUCACUCCGCCCCUUCCCGGAGAGGACCUAGAUUCUGCAGGUGAACCGGUUGAUUUCAUAGAUCCGGCGUAGUGAUUUCAUAUUUGCACUGCCAGUCAUCACGAUAACAAACAGUGAACGUUAGCCAUUCGGAUAUGCAGCUGUUGUAAGACGUCGAUAUGUUUCACUGAGGAUAAGUAAACGCAACUGCGUGUUACUUACAUACGCUUAGUGCUGUUGCACAGCAGAAACCAACGUGUUUCUUUCUCAUUCCGUUGCAGCAUGUGGCCAAUAUGAUGAUAUUGGUGUCAAUUUGAUCAUGUCAUAAUUCCCAGGAGCAUUCAUUUGUUGCUCAUGGGACCACAGCGUGUCAACGUGCAAAUUGGACUGAUAAGGAUUCUGGGUCAAGGUACAAAAGGGACAUCACUCACGGAUUACAUUUACUUUGUCGAUGACCCAUAAACAUGCUACUACAAGUACUUAAAAUGUAAGAUAUGAACGUGUGAACCUUACAGCAUCCAUCUUCGGUAGUCCAGGCUUUUGUGUAAGUCGUAUCCAUGGCAACGGCGGCGUUGUAGCCGACUUGGGACAUACGUCAACUCAUCGCAUCAUGGCGACUAGCAUGAACCGUCGCGAGAUCCAUGACACGUUGAACUGUCAGUGAAGCUGAAAUUACAUGGACGUUGAUCCGGGCUUACCCAGACUGUACAUGGAGCACUAACAUUCCUUCGUAUGAGUGAGUGAGUGAGUGAGUGAGUUGGGUUUAACGCCGCUUUUAACAGUAUUCCAGUUAUAUUACGGCGUGUCAGCUUAAUGUGGGAGGAAAGCCCGAAGUGAUGCAGGUCUCAGAC